GCCUGGCCCUGACGUCACCCACGGCCUGCCACUGGCCUUGCUUGGUUUGCAGCCAGGAACCUGGCCAGGGAGUGGUUCUCAUAGCGGCACAGGGAGAGCUCACUGUCGUGCUCUCUCUAUCUCCCCACAACCCACUUUAAUUUUUUUUCUUCUUUUUUAAGCCUUAAGGAGGCCUUUUCUUGUAGAUGAACUUUCCAAAUGUAAGCAGUCAGAAUGAGUGACAUCAUGAGAAAAUUAUGUGGAGCAGAUCUCAACCAGGAGUUGAGGAAUCCAGAGGAAGAUUGCGGUGGUAACUCCUGAGGCCAGGGAGUUGGCAGAGUGUGGGCUUCCAAGGAGCCAGCACCUCCGAACCUGGCUGUCUUGAAGCAAGGCUAUGCCAGCCUACUGUUCCUCUGGAAGAAAGAUCUGAGUGCUGUGUGACAAAUACUUUGUUGAACCAAGACUCUGAGGCUGAAAUGCAAUGUCACUUACAACAUUAAUCAGAUACUGCAUUUAAGAUCUUGCUGUGGAAGAUAUGGAGGGCUCAGAACCAAGGAUUUCCAAGUGAUUGCUGCCAAAGCACAGACGCUAACUCCGUUAAGGCUGGCGUGUUCUAACUGAGAUGACAGUCAUGUCCCUCUCCAGGGACUUCAAGGACGACUUUCACAGUGACACGGUGCUCUCCAUCUUAAAUGAGCAGCGCAUUCGGGGCAUCUUGUGUGAUGUCACCAUCAUCGUGGAAGAUACCAAGUUUAAAGCCCACAGCAAUGUCCUGGCUGCCUCAAGCCUUUAUUUCAAAAACAUCUUUUGGAGCCAUACGAUCUGCAUUUCUAGUCACGUGUUGGAGCUGGAUGAUCUGAAAGCCGAAGUGUUUACAGAGAUACUUAAUUAUAUCUACAGCUCCACCGUUGUGGUCAAGAGACAAGAAACUGUCACUGAUCUUGCAGCUGCAGGGAAAAAGCUGGGAAUAUCAUUCUUAGAAGACCUUAGUGACCGCAACUUCUCAAAUUCCCCGGGUCCUUACGUAGUCUGCAUUACUGAAAAGGGUGUGGUUAAAGAAGAAAAAAAUGAAAAAAGGCACGAAGAACCAGCUGUCACUAAUGGGCCGAGGAUCACAAACGCAUUUUCCAUCAUUGAAACGGACAACAGUAAUAACAUGUUUUCUCCCCUGGACUUGAGAGCAAGCUUCAAAAAAGUGUCCGAUUCCAUGAGAACAGCCAGCCUUUGCCAGGAGAGAACCGGUGUCUGCCAUGAGGCGGGGCCUGUCCGCACGCUUGCUGAGCACUCGUAUGCCGUUUCUUCCAUCACCGAGGCCUAUAGGGGUCAGCCUCUGAGGGAAAAUGACAGCAGUUCAUCUGGUAAAACAGGAAAAGACAAUGGUGAAGCUCUUGCCACAAAAGCAAAGCCAUGCCGAAAGCCAAAGACCCAAACCCAGGAUUCUGACUCAACCACAGAGAUUAUGCCACUCCCUCUAGUCACCUGCCCAGUGGUGAAUGAAGAAAGAAGCCCGCAGCCAGCUCCAACUCUGUCAUACUCAGAACCUCCCAGCAAUGAAGGAGAUAUCCAUUUUCCCAGGGAAGAUGAAAACCAACCCUCUGAUCCUCCUGGUCCGCCAGCAGCAGAGGUCCCGCCUCUCAUUUAUAAUUGCAGCUGUUGUUCCAAAUCUUUUGACAGCAGUACGCUGCUCAGUGCCCACAUGCAGCUCCACAAGCCGGCCCAGGAGCCGCUUGUAUGCAAGUACUGCAACAAGCAGUUCACCACCGUCAACAGGCUGGACCGGCACGAGCAGAUCUGCAUGAGGUCUAGCCACGUGCCCAUCCCAGGAGGAAACCAACCAUUUUUAGAAAACUACCCCACUAUUGGGCAAGAUGGAAGUUCAUUCACAAGCCCAGAAUCAUUAUUACCAGAAAAUAGGAUUGGUGAACUCUCCAGCGCUGGGAGUGCCUUGUCAGACACGGACCACAUAGUGAAAUUUGUAAACGGGCAGAUGCUCUACAGCUGCACCGUGUGCAAACGUAGCUACGUGACUCUGUCCAGCCUCCGAAGGCAUGCAAAUGUUCACUCGUGGAGAAGAACAUACCCCUGCCAUUACUGCAACAAGGUCUUUGCACUGGCUGAGUACAGGACACGACAUGAAAUCUGGCACACCGGAGAGAGGCGGUACCAGUGUAUUUUCUGUCUUGAAACUUUUAUGACCUACUACAUACUAAAAAACCAUCAGAAAUCUUUUCAUGCCAUAGAUCACAGACUCUCUAUCAAUAAAAAGACAGCAAAUGGAGGCUUGAAGCCCACUGUCUAUCCAUACAAACUUUACAGGCUCUUGCCCAUGAGAUGCAAGAGAGCUCCUUAUAAGAGCUACCGGAGUUCUUCCUACGUAAGCAUUCAAGGAAACAGUCAAAGGGCAGAAUCUGCCCCCGAUCCAUUCAUUGUGCCACAUCUGCAAAGCUCUGAAAUGCCCACACUGGACUUCCAAGAUGGCAGAAACACACUGACCAGCAGUCCUGCUAUCCUAAUGGAAACACCUUCACGGCAGGGCACACCCACUUCUGCCAAAGUAAAAAAUGCAGAAGGCAUCAAAUGGAGGAAGCAGGCAGUGAAAACCAAUCUUGUUGCUAACUUCGAUUCAACUGAGGUGUCAGUUUCUUCUGCUGGAAGCACUGUCAGCGCCACUCUACAGGCAGAGCCCGUGUGUGUCUCAUCUGUGGGCAAUGGCAGCGAACACCCGGCCUCUGUGAUCAGCUACGGCGGCUCAGUGCCCUCUGUCAUUGUGCACAGCAGCCAGUUCUCCUCGGUGAUCAAGCACAGCAACACCAUUGCUAGCCUGACCAACAGCAACCCCAAGUCCCCUUCACAGCCAGUGGUCAGUCCAUCCCCGAUCAAGGACAGCAAGCCUGAGGCAGAUAAAGCCAGUAAGCUUGCAAGCAGACCCAAAAGCAUUAAGGAGAGAAAGAAAGCUGUUCCAUGUAAUAGAGGAGAAAUAACAGAGGAGGCAAAAUAUGUUGCUGAUCACGGAGGGUCUUCAGGCAAAACCACAGACGUCGCCGAAGAAACCAGUAAGAUUGAAACUUAUAUCGCAAAACCUGCUCUGCCCGGUACCUCCACAAAUAGUAAUGUCGCACCCCUUUGCCAAAUAACAGUGAAAAUUGGGAACGAAGCCAUCGUGAAAAGGCAUAUUCUUGGGUCUAAGCUGUUUUACAAAAGAGGGAGAAAACCUAAGUAUCAAAUUCAGGAGGAGACGUUGCCUCGGGAGAGUGACCCAGAAACCCAUGGAGACAGCCCUCUUGGGCUUUGCCAGGCUGAGUGCGUAGAUAUGAGUGAGGCAUUUGAUGAAGUGAGUGACCAGGACUCUACUGAUAAGCCGUGGCGCCCAUACUAUAACUACAAGCCCAAGAAGAAAUCCAAACAGUUGAGAAAAAUGAGGAAAGUCAAGUGGAGGAAGGAGCGGAGGAGCAGAAGCCCCGUCCGUCGGCGCAGAUACCCAGCCGAGCUGGAUCGUGCAGAAGGGAAACUACCUCCGGAUGAGGCCUUCGAAGGAGAUGAGAAUAAAGAGAUGCCCACGUUGCAGUGCGAGCUCUGUGAUGGCGGCGACAGAGCGUCAGCGGCGGGAGCGGAAGGCAAGCCCCACCAGCAUCUCACGCUGAAGCCUUACAUCUGCGAGCUCUGUGCAAAGCAGUUCCAGAGCUCCUCCACGCUCAAGAUGCACAUGAGAUGCCACACUGGAGAGAAGCCGUACCAGUGCAAGACCUGUGGGCGGUGCUUCUCGGUGCAGGGGAACCUGCAGAAGCACGAGCGCAUUCACCUGGGCGUGAAGGAGUUCGUCUGCCAGUACUGUAGCAAGGCGUUCACACUGAACGAGACCCUCAAGAUCCACGAAAGGAUCCACACUGGGGAGAAGCGCUACCACUGCCAGUUCUGCUUUCAGGGUUUCUUGUAUCUCUCCACAAAAAGGAACCACGAGCGGAGGCAUGUUCGAGAGCAUGAUGGGAAAGGCUUUGCUUGCUUCCAGUGCCCCAAAAUAUGCAAAACAGCUGCUGCCCUCAGAAUGCACCAAAAGAAACACUUAUUCAAGACCUUAACUAAGCAAGAGGAAACAGAUGACAUGUGCCAUGAUCUCAUGGAGAGUCAACUUUGCACUGAUUCGGAAGACAGCGACCAAAAGGAUGACAUAAAAACCUUUGCUGAAAAUGUCCUUUGACUGACAACAGUUAGUCUUCGCAAAUGUUUGUGAUUUUUUUUAUUUUUUUAUUUUUUAGUUUUUUAAGCUAAGUUUGUUCACAUAAUAGUCACAAAGGAUGGGGGUGUUAAUUUUCACUUGUGUAAACUCCAAAAAAAAAGGAUCCUAACAAUCUAUUUUGGGUUUUAUCAUUCACAUCACACAGAAUGCAUAAAAACAAAAUAGCUGAAUCCUCUAACAACCCCAGUAUUUUGUGAAGGCUAAUGAAGUUCUUAGCUGUGGGAUUUUGAACCCGAAUUUAGCCUAAUUUAGACCUUUCUCAUGAGCACUAACUAAUGAGGUCUGCUGAACUGUUGUUAGUCACUGGAGAGAGCAAGGGUCAGGAUCCUGACGAGAGCGUCUGUGAGACAUGCUAAGCGAGCUCUGACAGUAUUUAUUGCCACUGAGUUUCUGCACUAUUAAUCUUUGGUAAAUUAAUGGGUAUUUACAAAAUACUUAACAAUAUAACUGAAAAUAUGUAAUGGAUAACCUAAAGUAGGACAUUCACAUGUCAUCUAGAAAUACUUUUCUGCAACCUAAACCUUGUAAAAUCCAUAUAUGGAUCACUGUAAUAUUUAGCUGUCUGUAUGUCCCUUGUAGAGAAUUAUAAUGGGCAGUAGGCCUCGGAGAGCAAGGACUGCUAUAACACCAGCAGAGCAUUUGGAAUCUGACUGACAAGCAUGCGUGUCAUUCUCGGGGGAAUGCUGUGCUGUCCUCUUCAAGUAUGGCCAAGCUGUUCCUAGAACUGGUCCACUCAAGUCACACAGAACAUAGGUCAUGCCUUAUCUAUGGGGAAAGCCUUCCCAAACUUACCUGAGAUUACCUAUGCUGUAUAAUCCUCUACAGUGGCCUCACCUCAGAGAAUGAAGAAUGGUCAGAUUCUUCAGAACUCUCUGCAGUCUUCCAGUCAUCCCAAGGCCAUGGAUGUUGGGGGCUACCACACCCAGACUUAAGGGGUCAAAUAAUCCUGAUACUUCCCUUUCCACUGAAGCAGCAUGCAGGAGGUUGAGGGCAAGACACCUCUGUGGUAAUCAAGUCUCAGGCACUCGGAAACGGCAGAAAGCCUAAUUCCUCAAUUUUACACCUUCUUGGAGAUAAUGCAGCCCACAGGUACACAGUAGUUAAAAGGACAAGACUCCCCUCCCACACUGAUACCAUGAGGACAAGAGGACCUGGUGACCUUCUUUGCCUCUAACAACAGCUUUGUUUUUGAGGGACGGGGAGAUAGAAUGAGGAAGGACAUUCUGCCCCUUACAGACAUGACUCGGAAGCAUCCACCAGGCCAAGAUGCUCUGUCUCCAUGUUUGCAGGCAUUAGCCCCACUUCCAUUCUAAGUCAUUUUUGUAUUAACACAGACUGUCAACAUUGCCCUCAGAAGUCUGCUUGCCCUACAAGUAUUUUUACUGUGAACUAGGACCCUGGAAAGCUGGAACUCAAGGGAUUCUUACUGCUAAGCCUGCAGGAUAGGAAGGAGGGAGAAGGAGGGAGAACACAGCCUCUUCCUGCACCAGGAUGGGCAAAAUUCAGGAAGUUCACACAGCCAUUCCUGUUCACUGGAUUUCCUAGGUGGAAAGCCAAGGCUGGAAGGUUAUCCGAGGACUCCAGUUUCUCACACCAAAUGUUGUGUUGUCUCCACAAAGAAGGUCUAGUGUGGUCUGGGGUAGGCAAGAAAACAUGCAAACACCCAGGAAAAAAGGACAUGAUUCAAGGUGACCUUUGAUACUGUAGCACUUCGAUGUUAACCCCAGUUUGUAUCUGCACUUCUCGUUUGUUCGCCUGCUUUUACCUACAUACAGUGUUAUAUACUAGAGGACACGGGGACUGCGAGCAAAUCGAGCUUUGUUUUGUCCGUUGUAUAUAUGUACACCCACACCAUUUGUGUUUUGUUGAGAUAGUCACAAAGGGCUUAUGAAAAUCACUUUUGAGUUAAUAACUAGAUAACAAGCAAUCCUGUGAUCCACUGAUUUGUUUUAUCUCGGUUAUGAUUAUAAAACAAUUAUGGAUUUAAGUUGUUUUGAUUUAACUCCAAAUAUAAUGAUAUGUAUUGAUGUCUCCCAGCCCUUAUAUGUGGAUAUUUUUUAAGUGGACUUGUAUGCUGAUAAUUCUAGACCAAAGUAAAUAUGGCAGAAUAUUUAUACAUACAAAUAAUUUUGCAAAUAUUUUCUAUAAUUGUAUUAUUCGUUUAAAAUGUUAAUAGCUUGUGUUAGUUUCAGGGAGGGGUGUAUAUUUUGAUAAAAUACUUGACUUUGUAAUUCUGUAUAUUCUAUACAAUUUAUAGAAGAGCCAUUUUAAGACAACUGGUUAUGGUUUUUUGUUUUUGUUGAUUGUGUAAAUGUUAUGAGUGGUUUAAGUUUGCAUCGAGUACAUACCGACCAAGUAGGAUUGACGUGUAAACAGUGAACAUGCUCUAUGCCAUACGAGAUAUUGUAACUUGCUGUUUUAGCAUCUGUAUUUUGGCUAGGAAACAUGAUUAAAUGCAGAUGUUAAGGGUUGGAAAGGUCUAAUUUUAUUUUUAGAAAUAAUAAAUAUAAAUUUGUUUUGCUUGAUUAAAAUA